CCUUCAUUUUCACCGCUUUCUCGCUUCAGUUGAAAUGAAGUGCGUGACAUUGCUGGCUUGCCUGGUGCUGAGUAUAGCCGUCUUCUACGCCCAGGCCAUGCCACCCCCACCCCAGUGUACCCCCGGCAUCAUAGAGGAGAUCCCCCUUAGGAUGAGGAAGCUUUGUACCGCCCUCUCAACAAUCUACGAGCUGUCGAACGCCAUGGAGUCUUACCUGGAUGACAAAGGAGUAGUAUAUCAGCAAAUGAUGCACCCUGAGAACUCGCCCCUGAUGGAGAACGGAGUCAAGAGACAAGACGUGGACCACGUGUUCCUCAGGUUUGGUCGCCGCCGCUAACUCAUCAACCUCGAGCCGGUUUUCCUCCCUACAUCUUUGUCAACAAUCAGUAAUCAAUGUGUAUUGUUAAGUAAAUCAGUGAUUUAGACUCUUCAUUCAAUCAAUUAACAGCAUAGUUUUAUAAUAUAACAACCGUUUAAAUUUAAAUUAUUAAUUUCCUUCUGCAAAUAGUAUUUAUAUUAUAAAUUUCAAAAUGUGAAUGUGAAAAAAUUAACCAUUACAAUUUUUAGUUACGGAACUUAACUAAUUCCGUAUACAAGUUUUCCAGUAAAUUCUUCUGCAACUUAUCAGUAUUAAGAGUAAUUAGUAUUAAAGCAUUUUGAAAAUAGAAAGUAUUAAAAAACAUAAUAAUUUUUGUUUAGUUUGUUUAGUUAAUGUAUCUUAAAUUUAAUAUUUCUAUAUUGCAUGUAAUGACUGUAUGAGUAUCGUAUUAUUUCACUUAUAAUUUUAAUUAACUUUAAUUAUUAUUUAAUUUUAAUUAAAUUUAAUUAAUUUUAAUGAAAAUUAAUAUAGUAUAAAAUUAAAUUAAUAAUCUUAAUAUUUUACCAUAAUACAAUUUAAUGGAUUUUGUAAGUAAAUGAUUAAGCCCAUUCAUAUUCUCUAUCAAUAUUAUUUUAAUGAAAAAAAUUUAUUAGCGCCAAAGUUAUAGUGGUUCUUGAUCUCAGUUACAAAUAAAAUGCUGUUCGAAAUCUAGUCAUGUUAUUAUCUAUAUUUUUCGUAUUAUAUAGCAUUCAUUUUGUUAUGAGUAAAUUAUUUUUAGCUCAUUAAUACGAGCCGUAUUUUAAAGUCAUUAACAUUAUGGAAUUUUAAGAAUUUAUUUUCAUUUGUAUUGCACAUUAUGAGAAGAGGUAUUCUUUAUAUUCUUGAUUCAUUUUUGGCCUAUUCCAAUCAUUUCUUUUCUCUUUUGUCUACUUAAGAAUUUAAUUUUACUUUCUCUGAAUGCAGUUGCAUUAUGUAGUUGAUAAUAGUAUUUAUAGACUUGUUCAUUUUCUUACUCUGUAUAAGAAUUCUGUAUUGUAAAAUUAGUUUAACAGAAAUAUUAGUAAAUAUUGCAAACGUAAUAUAACUCUCUAUGACAAGUAAUUAAUAUUCUGUAUUAAUUGGUUAUAUUUAGUUUACCACAGACACCUAUCAGCAUUACUAACAAUUAAUAUUAAACCUUAUGAUAAAUAAACAAACCUAUAAUCUUUGGAUAAUAUAUUUUACUGAGCAGGGAUGAUUAGUAUUUAUUAUUCAGUAUUAUUAUUUUAAGAAAAUUAUUUUGCUGUAAUGCGCUAGUCAAACUUGACUUAAUUGUUUUAGAAUGAUAAUACAACAUGUGAUUACAGAUGAUUUCUUCAAAAUAUAUCUCUGUCUUAAACACUAAUAUUAUGUAAAGAUUAAAUUAAAUGCGUCCACCCUUUCACAAACUGUACAUAACCCUCCCCCUCCCCUAACCUAAACCGGCCACCCUUUCUCUCAGUGUGCCAUUGUUAAGUAUUUCAUUAGUUACGAACUUUGUUUUGUUUGCUUUCAAUAUUCCUCUGUUGACGUGUGAAAUGUGGUAAUAUAUUUGUUGUAGUGUAUAAUUCAAAGUAUUUAUGUUUUUAAAAUAUUAUAUAUUGAUAAUAUAUUAUAUAUUUGUUAAUGGC